GUGAAGCGGCGGUGGCGGAGCCCCGGACAGCAGCAGCAGCAGCAGCAGCAGGUUCCCCGUCACCGUGGGACGGUUCACAUGCAACUGGUUCAUGAGUUUGAGGUCACCAGCUUUGGGGGGCAAGAUGAUCAGCAAGAAUUUCAGCCUGUAGGGGACGGCGGUUAGGGGACGACCCUCAUGUUGCUGCCAAGCUCCAACUAGCUCUCUAGAAACCCUGUUGGACAGUUUAAACAGCUGAGACUUCCUCCCACCAUGGAGGCUGCAGCAGUGGACAACCUAAUAGACUUUGACCAGCCCUCGGAGACCACGUCCCUCAGCGUGGAAGGAGGCCAAGGCCACAUGGACGUCUUCUCCUCUGAGCUUCUGUCCCCUGCAGAUGUCCGCCAGCAGCCAUUACUGCCUGAGCCCAUGGCACCAGCCAAGGCUGGAUCCCCCCACCAACACCGCUCAGCGGAGGAAGACAACGAGGAAGAGAGUGAUGCCACGGAGUCGGCAGACAGUGAGAACGACAUGGACCCACUUUCUCACUCGUGGGAGCUGAGGAGGUCCUCGUCUUCCUCCGCUCACAGCGGGGAGGACGCCGAGGCGGUGGAGAGGAGGCACUUCAUGAAGGCUUAUGUGGGGAAAGUGUUUCAUGGAAAGGAGGACUUUGACCAGGAAGAGAAGGCUCGUUUUGGAGAGCUGUGCAGUGGGGGGAAUGGAAAAGGCAGGGAGUGGUUUGCAAAAUAUGUCAGUGCCCAGCGCUGCCACUCGAAAUGUGUGAGUGAAGCCACCUUCUACAGACUGGUGCAGUCUUUCGCAGUCGUUCUGUUUGAGUGUCACCAGAUGGAUGACUACAGCCCAGCCAAAAACCUCAUGACCAUGUGCUUCACAUAUUACUACAUUGGGAAGUGCCAGCCGUCUCCCUCAGAGUUGCUGGACCGUGGGGGUCCUCCGGCUGGUGUUGACUCGUACCUCAACAAGGCAAACUUCUGGCUGACGGGGAAGAAAGACGCUGCAGAGCGCCUUCUUAAAAACACAUCUAAAACUGACGUCAAAGGCUUCUUUGGAGGAUUAGAAAGCAAACUGAGGAGCUCCGUGGUUCUGAAGACUGAUGACGGAGAGGGCCCAGUUGGAACAUCAUCAGGAACAGCAGAGACUCCAGAGGAGAAGAAAGGAGAAAAAGUGUAUUUGUACACUCACCUGAAGCAGCAACCCAUCUGGCAUACGCUAAGAUUUUGGAACGCUGCAUUUUUUGAUGCCGUCCAUUGCGAGAGGAAGAAGAGAUCUCCGACAACGAGUGGAGCGCAGGACGAAGAAAAAGAGAGGGAGAAGUGGUGUCACAUGACGCAGGAGGAGAAGGACGACAGCUCCAAAAUCGACGAGAACAUCGCCUUCGGCCAACUGGGGACUUUCACUCAUAACAUGUUGGCGUUUGGCCUCAGUAAAAAGCUCUGCAAUGACUUCCUAAAGAAGCAGGCGGUCAUCGGCAACCUGAAUGAAGAGCAAUACAAGCUGCUCACUGACCACAUUGAGAAGAUGGCGGCAGAGUGACGCUGAGGACGGCGCGGGGCGUUACAGAGCCUCCACCUGACGGAUGUCAUCGGUGUUUCCCCUCCAACGCCACGUCGCGGCGCCUUGAUCGGAUGUUCCUGUUGUAUUCGUGUUGUUUACACAACUGUGCCGUUGGUGUUGCAAAAAUCCAUCCCUGUGCACCGUGUCCCCUACGAGCAAUAAUACAACGCCGUCAUAGCUGCAGUAGCGCCUCCACCCGUUAGCUGCUUUAGAGAGACGGAUGGGAAAACCCUGAAAACGUGUUAAAAAGCUGUUUCCUCGUAUGAUUUAGACUUUAUCCAGCAUGUCUGGCAAUAAGAAUUCAUAGUCAAGCAGCUGUAGAGUAACCUUU